AUGGUGAUCCAACUUCCACAAUCUCACCGUCCAUCCUGCAAGGUUGAUGUUGCAUCCUUAACCGCUGUUGGCCCUGUCAACUUCAAUCAGAUCCUUAAAGCUGCCGCAGCCUACAAGAAAGUCGUAGUCUGCAGCUUGGCAAGUACAAUGUCACAAUGGAAGUGGUUUUUACCUUCUAGAAAAGUGAAAGAAAAGGCAAAACGGCUGAGAAGCAGUCUAACUGCCAACAUCCUAUCAAGCAGUGGCAGUCCUUCGAAAAAUAUCCUUGCCAUGACAUUUAGACAGGUUGUCUUGCAAACUCUCUGGAGUUAUAAACUCUCAUUUUUCAGCCCGGGAACUGAGAGGGAUAUGGAGCAUCUUGCCAAUCCUAGAGAGGUCCUACCAGAUUUUACUGUCAGUUCAUCGGAUAAAAGGUUUCUAUCUGAACUUGCCGAAGCGCUUUGUUCUUGUACUCUUGAGAGUACAAAAAGAUUUUACCUCAAAAAUAUGGGUGGUUUACCUUCAGGUAGUGUAUUUGGUUGGUCACAGAAGCCCUCAGUUGAUUCUUCCAUUUGUGUACAUAGACUUUCUGAAGGUGAGAUAACGAAAAUUGCGAGGAAGCAGACAGAAAAGUUCGACUUGGUUAAGGAAAAAUCUGCAUAUAGGCAGAAAAUAUUAAAUCACAGAUUGUGGGAGCCACUAAAAUUUUCACAGUUGAAUAAAUUUGGAGGUCCUGGUUUCAGUGAAUGGGUGAAUGAAUUUGUUCCCGCCUAUAGUCUGCAAAUUGAUGCCAGUGUAUUUAAGGAUGCAAAGCUUGAAGGAUGGCAAGAAUUGUCUAAUAAUAGGUGGGAAGUUCUUUUAACGCACUUCCAAAUGGUUGAGUUGGUAAGCAUCCUUGACAUGCAUUAUGAAGAUCAAUACACUCUUCCAGACAAAGAGCUAUCAUGUGGUUUGACUACACAAUCUCCUAUCAUCUCUAAAAAGAAGGCCUUGUUCUCAUCUACUUACUCCUGCUGGCUGCAGAACUCUUUAUGGAAACUGCUAUUUGUUUCAAUGGCUGGCGGAUGCAUUCUCAUUUUUGUUAGUUUUCUUGCUCAAAUAUAUUGGCCAACCCUCCUCAAGGCUAGAAAAGUUUCAGUUGGAAGCAGUGUUCCUCAAGUAUCUGAAACUUAUAUGUCCUGUCUCAAGUCUCUUGAAGCUGUCGAGGUGGAAGCUUUGUGCAAGUCAGUUAUCGAGAAGAUCAAAGAUGAACUUUGUUGGUCAGGAGAUAUAAUGUUUGACAAAAUUAUUGGUGCCUGGAUCGGAAAGCUUCCUAGCUAUUUGAAGGAACGUGACAUCCUUCUGAAUUCUUCUAGUGCAGGGGAAUUAUUCACAAAUUGUUCCAAUGUAGAUUCACAGAGUCAUACAGAAUUGACAACAAAUGUCUCUGGUGCUCCAGAAGCAGACAAUUUGGCUAUGCCGACAACAGCACAGGAAGUUGCUAGUUAUCAGGUUGUCAUGUCAGGAGAUGGUAAGGUAAUUGGGUUUCAGCCGACGAGCCGGGUGGCGGUUAACCAUUGGGCAUCUAAUCCUCUGUCCAAGCUUCUAUAUGGAGGUCGGAAGCUUUCUCCUGGUAUUUUGGAGCCAAGCCUUAAAAUUCCUCAUCCAAGUGAAGUUGUUCUCAUUGAAUUGCUAAUGUCGGUAAAUCCAGAAUCCCGGUUUGCAUUGGCUAGGCCAAUGCAAUGACCAUACAGAGUUAGAUGGCACAAACUGCAGGCGCUGUUAAAAAAAUGUACCAAGAAAACUGGCCAUAGUUGACGCCAAUCAAAGGAGCUGACUGCUGUUCAUAUACGUGAUUCAAGCCCUUCAUCGUCCUGAAUUUAAAGGAGAUAUAAGUGGAUAUUUACUUCCAUGUGAUUCUUGGGAGGAUCUCGGUCAUGGAAAUUUGCUGCCUUUUAACGGGAUUUAUGCAAGGAGCACGCAAAGUGAGUACCUGUGUCAUUAUGCUCGGUGCUUCGGUCCUCUUUUAUUUCAGAAAAGGGGAAAACGAUUACCACAGAGGAGGACAUUUUUUUCAAAAACACGUCACUGGAAGUUUUGUAACAGGUAGUUUAUUCCCUGUCGUAGUACUUUGUACCGUAUCUCAAGGAUCAUUGCUUCUGUUACGAAGCGUGCCACUAUAUUAUUCUCCCCGCCCCCCCCCCC